UUCUUGAUCAUUAAACGAAAUUGAAGAGUAUUGAUAUUAUCGACAUUACAUCUUGCAUAUUAUAACGAAGAGGCAAUAUAGCGCGAAACAAUCAGAAAUAGAAAACUAUCAGAAUGUUUUCUAAUAAAAAAAUAUUACAGAAAUUAUUUUACUCUUACAAAAAUAUCAAUGAAAUGAUAAAUAAUUAAAUCAUUAAUAAUUACCGAUUAUAAUUGAAUAUAUAUGUUUGAUGUUACUACGGUUGUCAUAGCAAUAACACAAAUAGAAUAUUUUGACAGUAAUAUAUACUGUGACAGUUGUUGAAUGUAAUAUAAUGUAAUAAUGUAAUGUCGAAUUGUAUGUGCUGUAUUAUAUUACAUAAAUAAUUUAUUAAAUCGAUUUAUAAUAAUAAUAAUUUUAUUAUGAGCUCGAUUUUCGGAAGUGGCGAUAAAACUGAUAACAUUGUUAUUUUUGAUGUAUCGAAAAAUGAAAGAAAAUUGAACGACGAAUUCAAAGUACUUCAACGAAAAUUGAAGGCAAAGUGGAAAUUUGUAGAAAACAAUGAAGUGAUAUCGCAAGAAUUAUUGGCAAAUGUCAAGAUCCUAAUAUUGCCAGGACCAUUAGGUAAAUUUACUGAGCUUGAAAUGAAUUCCAUUAGAACCUUUUUAAAUUCUGGUGGCAAUGUUCUUGUUACACUUGGAGAAGGUGGCGAAAAUAAAUCCAACACAAAUAUCAAUUUUUUGCUAGAAGAAUUCGGUAUUAUGGUAAAUAAUGAUAGCGUAGCUCGCAUGAGUUACAGUCAAACAAUGCAUCCUAAGGAAUCUCUAAUAUGCCAAGGCUUGUCAAACAAGUCUAUAUUUUUAAAGGAUCAUGAUGAGUACAUUGUUAUGAAAUUUUUGUAUCCUUAUGGUGCUACUUUAAAUGUAGUUCAACCAUCUGUCGUCGUUUUGUCCAGUGGAUCAAUUGCUAUUCCAAUGAACAGACCCAUUUGUGCCUAUCAUUGUGUAAAAACAACUGGUGGCAAGUUGGUUGUGUUAGGUUCAUCUAAAAUGCUAGCAGAUACUUAUAUAGAAAAAGAGAAUAAUGAUGCUUUACGUGAAAUGAUUUUUGAUUUUUUUGAGUUGGAUAUCACAGGGAUAGUGGAUCAUCACACGGAUGAUAUAGAAUUUUGGGAAUACAACUUUGUGCCAGAUAUAACACAACAGGCAGAUAAUCCAAAAGUCUGCACGCAAGACUUGGAUAAUAUCGACAUUCCUCGCGAGUAUACAAAGUUAUUUAAGCAGCAUUUUUAUUCCAUAAAUUUGAACAUGAUACCAGCUUGCAUAAAAGCAUAUGAGGCUUUGGGGGUGAAACAUGAAUCACUUACAUUAAUCCCACCUCAUUUUGAGGCACCCUUACCUCCCACACAAGCAUCAGUAUUUCCCCCGAGUUUUCAAGAAUUAUCGCCACCUGCUUUGGAACUUUUUGAUCUAAAUGAAGCUUUCAGUUCUGAUUUUUUGAAACUCUCACAGCUUACUAACAAAUAUAUGUCGACGAAAGAUUUAUCAAACGAUAAGGAACUAGAUCAUUAUAUCAGAGAAUUCGGAAGUAUUAUAAUAAGGAUAAACAAUUUCAAUACUGCUAAAGAAGUAUUGAAUUUCAUUUUUCAGAAAAUCUGCAGUUACAAAGCAACGCACGAUUGAAAUUAUUGUACAGGAAGAUAUUAGAAUUUAUCACUGAUUUUAUAAGACAAUCUAUUAAAAGUAAAUGUUUA